UUUCAACGGAGGGAGAGUCGAGAAGAAAAAUGGCGUCUGCAGGCGACCCAGAGCGGGACACCGGCCAUUCAGUUUGAGCUUUCCGCUCUGAAAUUGAGACCGGGGCUUGGUGGGGACCAGUCGGGAUCCGUCGCCAGAUCGGUUGGGGUUGAACAACCCCGUUUUUCUCCGGUGUGCGUGGCUCAACCAACCACCGAGAUUGAAGCGGAACAGUCGCGGCUCUCUCCUGCAAUGAGGGGGAGACGAGGAAGGCCGCCCAAACAAGCAGCCGCGAUACGGGAGGGUUCGCCCGGGCCAGUCCGCGGCUCUCGGGGCGGCAGGAGUAGAGGGAUGCGUGGCCGGGGGAGAGCCCGAGCACGGGGUCGGGGACGCGGGGUGAGCGGGGACGUUUGCGGCCCUGGCUCCCCGGAGGUGGACGCGGAAAGAGAGAACUUUAAUUCGUCCAGGGGCCGCAGGAAAGUUGGAGGCUCCGUCGCGGCGGUGGCUGCGGCGGCGGCGGCAUCGCGGGGCAGAGGAGGCAGAGGUAGAGGCAGGGGGGUGAGAGGCGGCCGCGGCGCUAGAGGCGGAGGGAGGCGGCCUCAAACCAAGAUAGUCUACGACGAUAACAGCGACGAGGAGGAGGAUAAUUUCAGCUACCGGUCGGACGAAGACGAAGACGAACUCCUGAACGACAACCCUUCGUCGGAUCUUGAAGAAGAGGAGGAGGAGGCCUUGGGAACAGAUUCGGACUAUCUGGAGGAACUACCGGAGGAUGGUGGCGGCGGCGGCGGUGAUGAUGAUGAUGAUGCCAGCUACUGUACAGAGAGUAGUUUUAGGAGCCACAGCACGCUCGGCAGCACCCCAGGCCGGAGAAGGAGUCGACCACAGCGACCACGGUCUCCCAUUCUCGAGGCGAAAGACAUUCCUCCCUUGGAGCUUCCCAAGUCCUCCGAGGACCUCCUGGUUCCUACCUCACAGCUCCUCAAUGUCUCCGCCGUUUACGAGGUCCUGCGCAACUUCGGCACCGUGCUGCGGCUCUCUCCGUUCCGCUUUGAGGACUUCUGCGCCGCCGUGGCCAGCCAGGAGCAGUGCACGCUGCUGGCAGAGACGCAUAUCGCCCUGCUCAAAGCCAUCCUCAGAGAGGAGGACACUUCCAACACCACAUUCGGUCCCACGGACGUGAAGGACUCCGUUAACUCCACCCUGUAUUUUGUGGACGGCAUGACGUGGCCGGAGGUGGUGCGGGCGUACUGCGAGAGCGACCCGGAGUACCGGCACAUUCUGCCCCUCCAGGAAUGCGAGGAUUACCCGUACGAACCGCUGGAGAGCAAAAUCAAAGUGCUCCAGUUUUUGGUGGACCAGUUUCUGGCGACCAACAUCGCCCGCGAGGAGCUCAUGUCGGAAGGCGUGGUCGCCUACGACGACCACUGCAGGGUGUGCCACCGUCUGGGCGACCUGCUCUGCUGCGAGACGUGCUCGGCCGUUUACCAUCUGGAGUGCGUAAAGCCGCCUCUGCAGGAAGUCCCGGAAGAUGAGUGGCAGUGUGAGGUGUGUGUGGCGCACAAGGUACCCGGUGUGGCCGACUGUAUCCCAGAGGUGCAGAAGAGCAGACCGUUUAUCCGGCAACUACCGAUCGGCUAUGACCGACACCACCGCAAAUACUGGUUCCUGAACCGCCGCGUAGUUGUUGAGGAGGACGGUGAGCAGGAAGAGAAAGCCAUCUGGUACUACAGCACCAAGGUCCAGCUUGCGGAGCUGAUCGACUGCUUGGAUAAGGAAUUCUGGGAGGCCGACCUGUACGCGGCUCUGGAGGAGAUAAGAGACGAGGUGCACACGCACAUGGACAUCACUGAGGACCUGACCAACAAGGCCCGCGGCAGCAACAAGUGUUUCCUCACCGCCGCUAACGAUGAGAUCCUGGAGCGAUUGCGUGCCAAGAGGGAGGAGGAGCUGGAGGAGGUGAAGAGGCGUGCGGCCGAGGAGGCUCUGAAAGCGCGGCUGGAGAAGGAGAAGAAGGAGGCGGACGUGGAGAAGGAGGACGACGAGGCCAAGGCGAAGGACGAGGGACAGCAGGAGGGGAAGUCCAAGGACGGGGCGACGGAGGGAGAGGAGCAGCCGGCAAAAGAAGACGCCACAAAGGAAAGAAAGGACGGCGGCAAAACUGCGGUCAGUGAAGCUGCUCCCGCUGGUCUAGAGAGCACUCCUGGCAGUGGCAGCUCAGAUGGAUCUGCACUUCCAGAGCGCUCUUCUUCUUCAGCACAGACCGCAAACCCCCCGCCCUGCACUGUCGGGGCUCGCUCAGAGGGACGUUCCAGUCCGCAGCUCUCUAACAAUACAGAAGAAAACCCCUCGUCAUAUUCCGUCUCCGACAGUGGAGACGGCGUCCCCAGCUUGAGCCACCCCCCUCAGCCCAGCGAGGAGAACAGUAACAGCAGCACUGGGCCUGGAGUUCCUCCCAGGGGUCCCGAACCUCCAGACUUGGCCGACAAGUCCUCACAGUCGUCCCUGGCAAGCCUGGAUGACGCAGGCGACAGCAAGGACUCUACCAACGGCGAGACGACGGGUCUCAAGAAGUCUUCAGCGACUCGCAUGGUGACCCGGCUGAGGAACCCGGACAGCAAGCUGAGCCAGAUGAAAAGCCAGCAGGUCGCGGCCGCAGUUCACGAAGCCAACAAGGGCUUCAAGGAGGGCAAAGAAGUACUGGUAGUGAAUGCACAAGGCGAUAUCACCCGGGUCAGCACACGCAGCAGUAAGGAGGUCGUGAUGAAGGGGACCCUCUGCCAGUACUUCAAGCUUGGCCAGGAGGGCAAGUACCGCGUCUAUCACAACCAGUACAGCUCCAACGCCCUGGCCCUCAACAAGCACCAGCACAGAGAGGACCAUGACAAGCGGCGACACCUCUCCCACAAGUUCUGCAUGACACCAGCAGGAGAGUUUAAGUGGAACGGAUCCAUUCACGGCUCCAAAUUCCUCACCAUCUCCACCCUGAGGCUCACCAUCAUCCAGCUGGAGAACAACGUUCCAGCGCCGUUCAUGCACCCGAACUGGGCCUCGCACAGGACAAAUUGGAUCAAAGCGGUUCAGAUGUGCAGCAAGGCCAGAGAGUUUGCUCUGGCUCUGGCCAUCCUGGAGUGUGCCAUCAAGCCCGUGGCUAUGCUGCCUCUUUGGAAAGACUCGCUGGGCCACACCAGGUUGAACCGCAUGACGUCGAUGGAGCGCGAGGAAAAAGAAAAAGUCAAGAAGAGGGAGAAGAAGCUGGAAGAUGAGGAGACGAUGCAACAGGCCACCUGGGUCAAGUACACGUUUCCCAUCAAGCACCAGGUGUGGAAGCAGAAAGGAGAGGAGUAUCGCGUUACGGGCUACGGGGGCUGGAGUUGGAUCAGUAAGACGUAUGUGCAGCGGUUUGUCCCCCGGCUUCCUGGCAACACAAACCCCAACUACCGAAAAGAACUGGAGGAUGCCAAACUUGGGAAGAAAUGCACCCUGCUGGACUUAAGCCGAGGGUCAAGUGCGACUCCGUCGGAAGCUCGCGAAGCUUCUGAUUUUACAAACGAGGCAAAAGAGCAGGAGUCCUCAAACAUCUCCAAGGUACUGAAGAAUUUGGGUUCGGCAGAGAAGAUCGAAGGAAACCAGAGAAAAGAGAUGGAGGAAAAAGAAACCGCAGCUGAUGAGUCACCGGCAAAGAUGGAGGUGGAUCGCGCAGAGUCACCGUCACAUGUAGAGCAAAGAUCCAGCUCUCAGGAGGAUAAAGCUUCCGUUAAAGAGGAGCCGUCAGAAGGACUUCAACAGCCCUUUAACUACGACGUGGUGGACGUCAGCAAGGGCUUCCUCACCCGCAUCCCCUACAAGAAGAAGGUGAAAUGCUCCAAGCUGGACUGCCUGCUGGAGCGCAGAUUGAAGCAGCACGUGAUCGAAGAGAGACAAAGACAGCAGAUGUCUGCCUGCAAGCCCCAGGUUCCCGCCGCGGUUUCGUGCACCCUCACUCCAGUCCGACCUCGGUCGCCGCUCAAGCCCCACGCUCUCGCUCAGACGCAGCGCACGCUGGGUGUCGCUGUGAAAGAGGAAGAGAAAUCUUCCACAGCACAAACUCCAGGGCCAGGGGAAGACGGAGGACAAGUAGCAAGGGAGAGUCAUGUUGAACUCUCUAAAGCUACAGAAAAAGUCACUCCUCUUCCUUCUCCUGAGUCAGACUCGGCACCCAAAGACAUUUGCAGUGCAGGUAAAAGUGAGAACUCAAAUUCACCACAAAACCAAACCACCUCCAUGCCCCAAGCUGUGGAGGAAAACCCAACAGAAAGGACUACUGGGCCAAAAGAAGCUUGUUCACACAAUUCAGGGCAAGACGGUGUCAAACUGCAUCAUCCAGAAACAUGUGGGGAGAUCAGUAGCUCGUUAGAGCAGAAACCAGCCUGUGACGCAUCUGAUGCGACUCAGGCUGCAAGUACUGAACAUACAGGGUCUGAGUUACCCAACUCUAGAUUGGACAAUGUAAGGACAUUUUCAAGUGUCUUUGACCAAAAAAACAAUCAGAAUACAUCUCCCUCCAAACCUUUUCAGCAAAACCCAGAAACUUUAGGCACGAUUCAUUCAGGGAAGGAGGAGAACGGCAUGGGGCCCGAGGAGAAUCUAGAAAAUAUGCAAAGCAUUGGACCCAAUAGGACUGUAGACGAUCUCACUCCCGAACCAGCUUCUCCUCGCCCUCAGGUAAACGGUAAUGACGGUUUAGUGCUGAAUAACUCGUUAAUGAGCUCAAACAACUGUGUGCUCAGCAAUGAGUCCCAGCCCAAGGUGAACAGCCAUGGUAAAGCUGAACAACAAGGGCUGGGGGUCUCGUUGAAGGACGGCUCUCCGCAAAAGCCUCUGCUGAACGGAGAUAUGGGUCCUGUGAACGAUUCCGCAGAGGUCAGGGGCAAAGGACCAGGCCUCGUUUCUAAAGUGGACGCGGGUAGCAAGAUAACGAUAUCAGACCAGGAUUACAAACCUCCAGUGAAGAUAAUAAGGCUGCAGAACAACUCGGACACGCUUGUGGCCGACGCUCGGGGCAACUUGCACAACAGCACGUCGGCUGUCCGGUCCGCGGAGACCAGACUGAGCUCCGGGGUCAAGAUCAUCAGGAUGGCCCCGUCUCCCAUCCCCUCCGCGGAGGAGUCCAGCCUGAGCGACGACUUUACAGAGGAGAACAGCAACAGCGGGAUGACCGACCCGCCGAAGACCGUCGUCACCCAGGUAACCACCACCACCACCACCACCACCUCCUCCACGUCCACCACCACGGUCGUUUCCACGGAGACCAGGAUAACCCGGGACCCAGCGGCAACAUCUGGAGAGAUGACGAAACCCGUGGUGUCGACGACGGAGAGCAGCGCCGUGUCCACCCUCAGCACCAUGACCAAAACAACUGUGACCAAAAUUUGUUCCUCCUCCCCGGAGAGUCAGUCACAAGACGGCCAGAGCGGGACGGUGACGCAGGAGCAGAAGACGACGCUCUCGGCCUUCGUCGGCGAGCUGACGACCGACGCCGGCGGGAAGACGUCGGUGCUGUCCGUCAGCAUCAGCCAGGAGGAGUCCUCGUCGACGAAGGGGCGCGUGCGCCUCCUCAAAUUCUCCCGCACCAAGAAGAUGCGAUCGGACACGGCGCUCCCCUCUUACUGCAAGUUCGUCACCAAGAGCAACAGGAAGAGUAUUUUUGUUUUGCCGCACGACGACCUGAAGGUGCUGGCACGGCGCGGCGGCUUCCGGGAGGUGGCGAUAUUCAGCUACAACGCCAAGCCAGCCCUGGAUAUCUGGCCCUACCCUUCACCCAGGCCCACGUUUGGCCUCACCUGGAGGUAUCGGCUGCAGACGGUGAAGUCUCUGGCUGGGGUGAGCCUCAUGCUCAGACUCCUGUGGGCCUCUCUGAGAUGGGACGACAUGGCCGUCAAGCCAUCCGCCGCUGUCGGCACCACGCGCACAGAGACCUCCGACACUGAAAUCACCACCACCGAGAUCAUAAAGCGCCGCGACGUCGGACCCUACGGCAUUCGGUCAGAGUACUGCAUCCGCAAAAUCAUCUGCCCCCUCGGCGUGCCCGAGACCCCCAAAGAGAUCCACACCCCUCAAAGGAAAGGUCUGCGCUCCAGUGCCUUGCGCCCCAAGAAACCCGAACCAGCCAAGCAGACGGGCCCGGUGGUGAUCGAGACCUGGGUGGCCGAGGAGGAGCUGGACCUCUGGGAGAUCAGAGCCUUCUCAGAAAGGGUGGAGAAAGAGAAAGCUCAAGCUGCAGAGCAGGCUAAGAAACGCCUGGAGCAGAAAGCGGGCUCGGUGGUCACGGUCACCCCAGCAGGAACACCAGCAUCAGCUGCCGUCGCGCCCAAAGUCAUCGUGGGCUCGCUGUCCGGCCAGGGCAGCCCCUGCACCACCAAGGUGGUGCUGUCCACCAAGAUGGGCACCCCAGUCACAUUCCAGCAGAACAAGAACUUCCAGCAGUCCUUCGCCACCUGGGUCAAACAGGGUCAGAGCUCGCAAGACACCACCGUGGCGACGUCUGGCGGACACACCUUCCAGAUCACUGGAACGUCGGUCGGCGGAAAGGUUGUGACCACCAAACUGCCGCUGCCCGCCAACAGCAAGAUUGUCACAGUCAACGUGCCAACUUCACAAGGAGGUGUGGUCCAGCAGAAAGUGUUGGGCAUCAUCCCGUCCAGCACAGCAGGCGGCGCUCAGACCUACACCACAUUCCAGCCACGCACGACGACUCUCAACAUCAGGCCCAACACGCCCGGCUCUCAGCAGCAGGUUCUGGCAGGCGGUGGCCAAAUCCGCCCUGGAAUGACGGUGAUCCGAACACCGAUCCAACAGACGGGCCCGAUGGGGAAGACGAUACUCAGAACUCCGCUUGUGGUCCAGCAAGGUCAGGGUGGACAGCAGGUGGUGACGCAGAUCAUUCGUGGGCAGGCCGUUUCCACGGCGAUAUCCGCGGCCAGCCCCGUAGCCACCGUCACCGGCCAGGGAGUGGCCGCCGCCAGCACAGCGGGACAAGCAGCGGGCCAGACCCCACCCGGCACCCCGCGGGCUCCGGGCCAGGGCCAGGUUAAACUCACGCUGGCACAGCUCACCCAGCUCACACAGAAGCAGCAGGGCGGCGCCGGCGUGGACCGGCAGCCCGGUGCUGGUGGAGCCCAGCAGGCUCUGACGGUGAUGGUUCAGGGUCAGGGUCAGACCACCGGCCAGCUGCAGGUCAUCCCUCAAGGGGUCACCGUCAUUCCAGGACCGGGCCAGCAGCUCAUGCAGGCGGCGCUGCCCAACGGCCAGGUGCAGCGCUUCCUCUUCACCCCGUUGGCCUCAGCUGCCACGCCCACAUCAGGCACAGCCACUACAGUCCCCAGUCAGCCCAACUCCUCCUCCGUUAAGACCCCAGCCCAGCCGGCCCAGCAGGCCGCCGCCCCCAUCCAGCCCGGGCCGGCCGCAGUGGCCACCACCAGCACCCCGCCGCCGACCACCCCUCAGGGCCAGCUGCCCCCUCAGACGCAGGCUCACAUGCCCAUCCAGUCUCCCACCUCGCUUCAGGUCAAAACGCAGGGAGGAGCCGCGCAGCUGCAGCUGCAGCAGACGCCUCAGCUCAUCAGCAUGUCGGGGCUGCAGCAGCAGGUACAGGUGUUGGCUCAGCUGCAGGCCCAGCAGGGCGGAGGCUCUCUGCCACAGCACAUCAAACUACAGCUCCCCAUCCAGAUACAACAGAGUGGGACCACCUCAGCUCAGGGAGGACAGAUUGGAAAUGUGGUGACCAUCCAGGCAGCUUCUGUCCAGGAGCAGCUGCAGAGGAUCCAGCAGCUCAGGGAGCAGCAGCAGCAGAAGAAAAGACAAGCAGCCGAAGCCAAGCGAGAGCUGGCGCUCAGCGCGGCCAGCCAGAGUGACAUCAUUCAGAAACAGGUGGUGAUGAAACAAAAUGCUGCGAUCGAGCACCUGAAGCAGAAGAAAACCAUGACGCCCGCAGAGAGAGAAGAAAACCAGAGAAUGAUCGUUUGCAACCAGGUGAUGAAAUACAUCCUGGAUCGGAUAGACAAAGACGAGAGGCAGGCGGCCAAGAGGAAGAAGAAGGAGGAGGUGGUGGAGGCUAAGAGGAGGCUAGCUAACGCCAGCAAGCUCUCCUCGCUUCUCUACCGGCACAAGGAGAGCCUCAAGAUGGAGAUCCUGAAGAAACGGGCAUUUCUCGACAAGGAGCUGCAGCUGGAAGCUCAGGAGGACUUGAAGAGGGACCUGCUGCGCAUGCGAAGGGAGAAGGAGAAAGCGCAGGCCGCCGCUCAGCAGGCGGCGCUGGCUGCCGCUGCCGCCGCCGCCGCCGCCACCCGCAACCAGCAACAGCAGCAGACUCUGGCGCACACGCAUGGCGGCGCCUCUCAACACAGCCUCACCGCGCACAAGAGGAAACGGGAGGACGAGAGGGAGGCGGCAGCGUCGGCCAAGUCCAAGAAGAAGAAGAUGAUCUCCACAACCAGCACCAAGGAGAGCAAGAAGGAUACCAACCUGUACUGCAUCUGCAAGACGCCCUACGACGAGACCAAGUUUUACAUCGGCUGCGACCUGUGUACCAACUGGUAUCACGGAGACUGCGUGGGCAUCACGGAGAAGGAGGCCAAGAAGAUGGACGACUACAUCUGCGUGGAGUGUAAACGGGGCCAGGAGAGCAGUACAGAGGAGCUGUACUGUAUCUGCCGCACGCCUUACGACGAGUCCCAGUUUUACAUCGGCUGCGAUCGAUGUCAGAACUGGUACCACGGCCGCUGCGUGGGAAUCCUGCAGAGCGAGGCCAACCACAUCGACGAGUACGUGUGCCCGCAGUGCCAGUCCACGGAGGACGCCAUGACGGUCUUCACGCCGCUCACAGAAAAGGACUACGAAGGCCUGCGGAGGAUCCUGCGGUCGUUACAGACGCAUAAGAUGGCGUGGCCGUUCCUGGAGCCCGUCGACACCAACGACGCUCCGGACUACUACAGGGUUAUCAAGGAACCAAUGGACCUAUCUACCAUGGAGGAGAGGUUACAGAAACGGGAGUACGUCAAGCUGACGGAGUUUGUAGCAGACAUGACCAAAAUCUUUGACAACUGCCGAUACUACAACCCCAGCGACUCGCCCUUCUACCAGUGUGCCGAGGUUCUGGAGAACUUCUUCGUCCAGAAGCUCAAAGGCUUCAAAGCCAGCAGGUCACAUAACAACAAGCUACAGUCAGCAAGCUAAUAGCUCCCUCCUAAAACAAACAAACAAAAAAACUAACCCAGAUGUCACAGAGACAAGCCUCGCAGUUUCAUCUGAGUGAUUAAAGCUGGGGGUCCCGGUCCCGGUCCCGGUCGGGCUGCACCUGAUCCAGGCUCCUCCGUGAGGGAGAGUGGGCCGCCCCGCCCCGCCUCGCCCCGCCCUCCGCCCACCGCCUCCGCCUCCACGGCAGGUCUGAGGAAACCCUCGCAUCCUGGCCAGCCCGCUCGCCGUCGGAAGGAAACGAGUAGAUGAAGAGGAAAGGGUGGCUGAAGAGGCGGCGGCGCCGUUCCACAGCAGCAGAAAUCUGAUUCAUCUUUUUUUUUUUAUGUGUUUUUCCUGUGAAGCAAAGGUUCUGUUCUUUCAGCUCCACGCCCACGUUUCAGAUGUAACUGAAAGUGAAUUUGCACAGUUACUUGCCCAGGGAUGGCUGCAUCCUCGCCGUUUAGCUCGGAUUGAUUGGUCUCAUCUGAUUUGACGUCUUGCCUCCCUGUGAGCGGCGCUCUGUCGCCGCCGCAGCAGCAAAUGUCACCGCUUGAUCAGUUUUAAUUAGCCGCUCCUCGACGAACGCCACACGGCAAAACUGCGUUGAACUGAGCCUUUCUAUCCGCUGUAUUUUUUUCUUAUUAUCCUCUCAGGUGUGUAGCUCUGCAUGAAGCAUGAAACAGCCUCAUAAAACACGCUCAGCGCCACUUCUUAUUUAUUGUAUCUGUCAGUGGAAGAUUUCACUGCCCUUCAGCAUAGAUUGGGGAUUUUAAUUAAAAAAUGUCAAAGUGUGUUCCAUUGAGCCACCCUUCAUACAGCUCUCAAACCCAGUUUCUUUUAGUUUUAUGAUGUUAUUACUUGUUAUUGCAGUAUCGGUUGGUGAAAACAUAGUUGAAGUAGCAUUGAAAAAUCUUUAAACUUGGAAUCACAGCAGCCAAUAAUGCAAUAACACAUUAAUAGCACUGGGUUUAGUUAUAGUGGGUGGUUUGGUUAAUUCAUUGAAGAUAAAUACUAUGCAGCCGUCUCAGUUUUGGCUGUUAUUUUUUUAAUUUUUCUCUAUUUUAUAGCACAUUGUUGGCCAGUAAUCUCAUUAUUGCCUUCAUUAAAUUUUAAAUCAUGACAUUAUUGGCCGUUUUUACCUUACUGGCUGCUACACACCCCUUGUUUAUUCUACAUUAUAAGCAAUUACUGUCGAGGUCAAUAAGCUAUAAAAAUCAGAACGCUUGUAAAUCCUUUUAAUGUAAAACCUCUGGUAAGUCUUCAUUUAUAUUCUUGCAAAAAAUGCUGACCCCCUGACCCCUCAACCAGCUUUUUCCUGCCGAAGCUCCAGGAGACGGCCCACCCCACAUUUUAAAAACCACUGACAUAAUGAAGCCUCAGAAAAACCCGAUUUGGAUUCGAGUGUCAUUUGAUCUGCUUGCUGUGAUAUUUUGUAUGUGAUUUAUCAGAGGGAACCAUCAAGAACCGGCCAUCACACUGCUUUUUUUUUUUCUCUCUCUCUUUUAGUUUUCCCAAAUGUACGCUUAAGAAAAAAAAAAAAAUUAAAACAUCCAUUACUUUUGCACCCUCUCCGACUUACACAUGAAAAUUUGAAUGAAGUCAAGGACCACAAGCGAGGAGAUGGAGGUGAACCCAGACUGAAAGUACUGCACCUCCCUCGACGCGCCGCUCUGUGUCUGUCUCCAUCAGCCCCGUCUGAAAGUCUCCCUCCCCUCUUAUCUCUCGGACACUUCUUGCAGCAUAUUUCAUCGAAGCUGACAGGUUGGCUCAAGUCCGUCUCUCAACUCGCCCUCGGAGCAUGGUUAAGUAAUUGGAUAAUGGACUUUUCCACUCAGCAUCCACUCAGUUAUGUUGCGGUCUGCAGCCACAUGUCUGGGAGUCAAUUUUGAGCGGGGAGAACUUGGGAGUCUUUGUAACUUUGGGGUUUGUAUUGAAAUUUUAUAGCUGCAUUUUUAGAAUAUCUGGGAACAUUUUUGUAAUUUGUGAUUUUUUUUUUCUUUCUCUUUUGGUUUUGGAGGAGGGAGCAAAUUCUAAGUGUUCAAAACUCAAUUCAAUGUGUUAAAAACCUUAAAAAAUAAGGUUAUAAACAGAAAAAAAAAGUUUCCGUUUGAAUCACAGAGUUUUUACGUUUAUUUGUGCGGAAAAGCAAAGUUGAGAGAUGAUUGAGCUUCUGUCUUCUUCUCAGUGUUUGUACGUCUUUCACACAAACGUUGGUCACUUUGUACUCUGACGAUGACGACGAUGUGCUUUAUCCACUGUUUGUAAUCUCUAUUGUAUAUUAUUGCUGUCCAAAUGUAGAGAUGGAAGAUUUUUAGAGCAUUAGAAACUUUUAUUUUUCACUAUUUGAACCAGCAACUAAGCCCGCCUGUAUAUUUUAACUAUUUUCUCUCUUUAAUCAAAGUCAAGUCUACAUUUAGGUGAAAUUGCCCUUUAUAUUCAAAGUGCUGCAUAUUGUGAGCAUAAAGGUUUUGAAGGGGGUAGUGACACAGUAACUCUUGUACAGAGCUCUUUUUUUUCUCCUUUUUGUAAGAAACCAACCAGUUCAGCAUAACUUCUAUAUUGACAUUGCAUUUCUUGUAUUAUUUAUUCAUAUCGAUGAAAACUUCUCAGUUUUUUGAGUAAUGUUGACGAGGCGUAACUGAAGAUAAAAAAAAAAAAUACUCUAUGUUUUUAACAGAUUGUGGCAACUCUGAAGAGAUUCCCUUUUGUACUUGAUAGGACAUUUCAUCCUAGAUAAUAAAGUAAUGUUUUUGACACCA